AUGGCUAAGUCGUCCAAUCACUUCAUUGCCUUUUUAAUGAUAUUUUAUUACUGGAUUUGCGGUAUUUUGUUGUUUUUUGUGCCCAAAAGUUUGCGCUUCAAAUCAGUGAAAGACAAGUUAGUGUUGAUUACGGGCGGCGGCAGCGGUUUGGGCAGAGCUCUGGCCAUACGGUUCGCCAAACGGGGCGCUAAUGUAAUCGUUUGGGACAUCAAUAAGAGUGGUUUGGAUGAGACGGUAGAGUUGGUGAGAGCGGCCAAUCCGGAGGUCAAAGUCGGUUCAUAUGUUUGCGACAUUACGGACAGACAUCUGGUCUACGAGACGGCGGCCAAAGUGAAGCGCGAUGUGUCGGCCAUCGAUAUACUGGUCAACAACGCGGGUGUCGUUAGCGGCAAGAAUCUGAUGGACAUUCCGGACGAGAAGAUUAUACAGACAUUUCAAGUGAACGCAAUCAGCCAUUUCUGGACAGUGAAGGCUGUGUUGCCGGAUAUGAUGGCCGCAAACAGCGGUCACAUCGUGUCGAUCGCAUCGGUGGCCGGAUCUACUGGCGGGUGUCAGCUCACAGACUACUGCGCCUCGAAGUUCGCUGCCGUCGGCUUCGAGGAGUCGCUGAGGUAUGAGUUGAUUAACGCCAACAAAUUGGGCGUCAAAUCGACAGUAGUUUUGCCGUAUUUUAUAAACACCGGAAUGUUUGCCGGCUUUAAGUCGCCGAUUCUGCCGGCACUGGAGCCCGACUACGUGGCCGACCAGAUCAUGGCCGGCGUACUCACCGACGCCGAGUAUGUGGCCGUCCCUCGCAUUUGCUAUACACUCAACACAUUGAAGACCAUUUUGCCCGUCAAAGCCUUUUAUAAGGUUUACGAAGUUUUGGGCGGAUAUCACGUAAUGGAGGACUUUGUCGGACGCGAAGGCACUCAACAUAAUAACAAUUAUGUCAAUAAUAAUAACAAUCGGAAAGUGAAAUAA